UGCAAACUCACAGCCAGUUUUGAAAACGAUGUUAGGAAUUCAGACAAUUUUGAAACACACCGCCAGAAACUUCAAACCCGUCUCCCUCUCUAUGUCCUUUUGGGUUUUGGGUGUGAGAUGGAAGCAAUAAGGAAGCAAGCUACAAAGCUUAGAGAACAGGCUGCCAAACAACAGCAGGAAGUCUUGAAAAGGUUUUCUGGUGGGCUGGGAGGUUCAGACAAUGGUAUACCUAAUGAAGCAGAGCUGCUGCAGCAUCAAAAUCUCGAGAAACUUUAUAUUUCUACUCGUGCUGGAAAGCAGUUUCAAAGGGAUAUUGUUCAAGGUCUGGAAGGUUACAUCGUCACAGGGUCAAAGCAAAUAGAAAUUGGUACCAAGUUGUCUGAAGAUGCCAGAAAAUACGCAACCAAAAACAUUUGUACCAGUAGUAGCACACUAUCCAAGGCUGCACUAAGUUAUAGCAUGGCUCGGGCUCAAAUGGAAAAGGAACAUGAUAUUCUUCUAAAGGCAUUGGAAACACAGGUUGCUGAACCUUUAAGGGCAAUGAUUGUGGGAGUUCCAUUGGAGGAGGCUCGACAUCUUGCCCAGCGUUAUGAUAGAGUGAGACAGGAAGCUGAAUCGCAGCAUUGUGAAGUUCUAUAGUUAUACCUACGUUCUUUGAGCCUGGCCAGGCUAUUGAAGUUUCUAGAUGGCAAGCUAGAGCAAGGGAAUCUAAUAGUAACCCAGAAUAUAUGUCCAAGUUGGAAUCUGCUGAAAUAAAGCUUCAUGAACUAAAGUCAAGUAUGGUUACACUGGGCAAAGAAGCUUCGGCUUCAAUGGCUGCUGUUGAAGCUCAACAACAAAGGUUGACCCUUCAACGGCUUAUAACCAUGGUCGAGGCAGAACACAAUCAUCAUCAACGAGUCCUGCAGAUACUUGAUCAGCUUGAAACAGAGUCGCAAUCUAUCAUUGGUAUCAGAGAGAAGAUCCUGUGUCGCGAAAUUGAGUUACAGUUGAUGUUUCUCGUGGUGAAUGGUUCGUACGAGAGCAAAAAUGGAUAUACGUAUGGAUUCUGUGGAACGCAAGUUAAUGGAGGUUCAAGCGGAAAUGAAGGAGGAGUUACAAUCCGCUGUGAAUGACCAGCGAUCAGCGCUGGAAAAUUUGGCGGCAACAUUGACGGCGUCCAUGGCUGCGUUGAGUGAGCAGUUUCGAUCCAGAGAGAGAUCGCGCUCACCACAACAUCAUCCGACGAGACUUGAUAACAUUCCAAUUAAUUCAGGAGGUAAUCCGAAUCCUUAUCACCUUCCGCCGCACAGAAUACAUGAAGAUUUUAAUAGAUUUACUGUUCCAAAUGGGAGAAAGAUUGAUUUACCUGUUUUUACGGGAGAUAAUGCUUAUAAUUGGAUUGUACGCAUGGAGAGAUACUUUCGUUUGAAUCGUAUCACUGAGGAAGAACAGGUGGAGGUAGCCGUAGUGGCGAUGGAGGGUAGAGCUAUUAAUUGGUUCAUAUGGUGGGAACACCAAACUGACAGGAGAAACUGGGACACUUUAAAAACAGCUUUGAUACGUAGGUUCCAGCCAGAUCUGAUACAGAACCCUUAUGGCCCAAUGUUGAGUUUGAAACAGCUGGGAACAGUGAGGGAGUUCAGAGAUGAGUUUGAGUUGGUGAUAGCACCUCAGAUAAAUGUGGACAUGGGUAUCCUAAGAGGAAUUUUCAUCAAUGGGUUGAAGGAAGAGAUUAAGGCUGAGCUGAAAUUACAUAACUCUAAUUCUCUGACUGAGGUGAUGGACAAGGCUCUACUGAUUGAGAGUAGAAAUGAAGCUAUUUACUUGAGAAGAAAAGAAGAGGACAGACUUUCAUGGAAGGAGAAGGGUCCUACAACUUCAAAAUCUCAGGCAUGGUUUGAUGGGUUUAAAUCCAAACCGGGAAACUCAUGGCCUUCUAACACAGGAAAAACUGCAGUGGAUAGCAAAAGUAACACAACAUGGAGUAAUCCAGUAGGGACUAAGAUAACAGAAAUCCAUCCUUCUGGAAUCAAGAGACUGGGACCACAGUUAUCACAAGAUGAAUACCAGGAAAGGAGCAGAAAAGGGUUAUGUUUCAAAUGUGGGGAGAGAUGGAACAGAGAGCAUACUUGCAAACUUAAAAAUUACAAGCUCAUUUUGGUUGAAGACUCAGAAGGGGAAAAUGAACCUGAAGAACCAGAGGUGGAAAUCCAGGAGGAAGAGGAGACUGUCAUGGAGUCAAAAUCCAUGCAACUUUCACUCAUGAGCAAGGAAGGUAUACCUUCAAUGAGGGCUUUUAAAGUAAGAGGUUAUCUGAACUGGGGUCAGAAGAACCAGCCUGUGGAAAUACUCAUUGACAGUGGGGCAUCACAUAACUUCAUAUCUCACAGAUUAGUGGAUCACUUAUCCCUACCUUAUAACACUAUUUCUGCUUAUAAGGUCCAAAUUGGCAAUGGAGAACUGAUACAUAACAACGGGAGGUGUGAAAAACUGAACCUGCAAUUACAAGACACAGCAAUUCAGCAAGAUUUCUACAUAUUAGAACUGGGAGGUACUGAUCUAGUAUUGGGCAUGGAGUGGCUGACUGGUUUGGGUGAUGUGGAGAUCAAUUUUCUUAAGCAGAGUAUCAAAUGGGAAGAGAAGAAGCAGCAAAAGAUUCAAAGGGACCCUCAUUUAAACUCCCUUGAAAUCUCUUUGAAAACUCUAACAAAAAUCUUACAAGAUGCUGGUGAUGGUUAUUUGAUGUAUUGUGUGGGAAGGCAGAAACAAUCAAAGAAAAUCAGAAGAAUGAAGCAGUAUGGGAAGAAAUUUUGGCUGAGUUUCCUGAAGUUUGUCAGCCUUUGAAACAACUGCCUCCCAGUAGAAGUUGUGACCAUACCAUCAACAUUCAAGAAGGAGCUUGCAUUCCAAAUAUAAGACCUUAUAGAUACCCUCAAUAUCAGAAGAAUGAGAUUGAAAGAAUUAUCAAGGAGAUGUUGGCAGAAGGGAUAAUUCAGAACAGUAACAGUCCAUACAGCAGCCCUAUUCUUCUAGCUAAGAAGAAAGAUGGGGGAUGGAGGUUUUGUGGAGAUUAUAGAGCCUUAAACAAAAUCACUAUCCCAGACAAGUUCCCUAUACCAAUAAUAGAAGAAUUAUUGGAUGAGUUGGGUGAAGCCAGAGUUUUUUCUAAGCUGGAUCUUAAAUCUGGAUACCAUCAGAUCAAAAUGAAGGAAGAAGAUAGACACAAGACAGCUUUCAGGACUCAUGAAAGGCAUUACGAAUAUCUGGUGAUGCCAUUUGGGCUCACAAAUGCACCAUCUACCUUUCAGGCUGUAAUGAACCAGGUACUGAGGCCAUUUCUAAGGAAGUUCGCACUUGUAUUUUUUGAUGACAUUCUGAUCUACAGCAAUUCCUUGGAAGAGCACCAAGUACACUUGAGGAGGGUACUCACAACUCUAAAGGAAAAUCAUUUGGUGAUAAACUUAAAAAAAUGUUCAUUUGGACAAUCUGAAUUGGUUUAUUUGGGGCAUAUAAUAUCAGAAAAAGGGGUAUCAGCUGAUCCUACCAAAAUUGAAGCUAUGAUGAAGUGGCCUGUACCUAAAGAUUUGAAGGGAGUGAGAGGAUUUCUGGGGUUAACAGGGUAUUACAGGAAAUUUGUAAGAGGUUAUAGUAAAAUUGCUUUUCCUCUUACACAGUUGUUGAAGAAUGAUGUGUUAUCAUGGAAUCUGGAAGCAGAGCAAGCUUUUAAUGAAUUAAAGAAGAUCAUGACUACAUUACCAGUGUUGGCUACUCCAGAUUUCAAUAAAACAUUUGUGAUAGAGACUGAUGCAUCAGGAACAAGUCUGGGAGCAAUUUUGAUGCAAGAAGGGAGGCCAGUUGCUUAUAUGAGUAAGCAAUUAUCACCCAGAAAUCAGCAGAGGUCUGUAUAUGAAAGGGAGCUUCUGGCUAUUGUUCUAGCAAUACAGAAGUGGAGACCUUAUUUAUUGGGCAGGCAUUUUGAAGUUCAUACUGAUCAGAAAAGUUUAAAAUUUCUUAAUGAACAAAGGCUUAUGGGAGAAGAACAACAUAAAUGGACCUCCAAGUUAUUGGGCUUUAAUUUUUCCAUUAAAUAUAAGCCUGGUGUAGAAAACAAGGCUGCGGAUGCUUUAUCCAGAAGACCAGUUUUACAUUCAUUGUCAGUUGUUAAUUGCCAAGAAUGGGAGGGUCUAGAAGAAGAAUUAAGUAAAGAUCCAACAAGUCAGGAACUCAUUAAGAAAAUUAUUUCUUAUCCAGACAGACACAAAGAAUUUCAGGUCAUUAAGGGCUUAUUAUAUUACAAAAGAAGAUUAGUGCUACCAAAAGGAUCAGCAAAGGUUUUGAAAAUACUGAAAGAAUACCAUGAUUCAGCUGUGGGAGGACACUCGGGGUAUUUCAGGACAAUGAAGAGGGUUGAAAGUUUGUUUUAUUGGCCAGGCAUGAGGAAUGAUAUCAAAAAAUAUGUGGCAGAGUGCCAUCUGCCAAACCAACAAGUAUCAAACUCUUAAACCUAGUGGUUUAUUACAACCACUGCCCAUUCCAAACAAUAUCUGGACAGAUAUUAGUAUGGAUUUCAUUGGAGGGUUGCCAAAAUCUCAAGGGAAGGACACUAUAUUGGUAGUUGUUGACAGGUUCACUAAGUUUGCUCACUUUAUAGCCCUAUCUCACCCAUUCAAUGCAAAGGAGGUGGCUGAAGUAUUCACCAAAGAAGUAGUCAAACUGCAUGGUUUCCCCAGAACCAUUGUCACUGACAGAGACGGUAUAUUCUUGAGCUCUUUUUGGUCAGAAUUAUUUAAGCUGGCAGGAACUCAGCUUAAAUAUAGUACAGCUUACCAUCCUCAGACUGAUGGUCAGACUGAGGUGGUUAACAGGUGCUUAGAGACCUACCUGAGGUGCUUAACUGGAAGGAAACCUAAGCAAUGGAAUCAGUGGUUACAUUGGGCAGAAUUCUGGUAUAAUACUAAUUAUCAUAUUUCUUUGAAGCAGACUCCUUAUAAAGCAUUGUUUGGUUUAGAUCCACCUGCUGUGAUAAGAGGUGAUGUGACUCUCACUGCAGUGGAGGAAGUUUCUAGACUAACUGCACAAAGAAAUGCUAUGAUAGAUGAGUUGAAGGAAAACCUUGCGAAAGCUCAAAAUCUUAUGAAGCAGCAGGCUGAUAAACAUAGAAGAAAGGUACAACUGGAAGUGGGGGAUCAAGUAUACUUGAAGAUACAACCUUACAAACUCUAGAGUUUGGCUAAGAGAAUCAACCAGAAGCUGAGUCCCAGGUUUUAUGGGCCAUUUCAAAUUCUAGAAAAGGUUGAAUCAGUAGCCUUCAAGCUUCAGUUACCUGAGGACAGCAAGAUACACCCAGUUUUCCAUGCCUCACUAUUGGAGAAAGUAAUUGCUCCUACCACAUCAUUUCAACCUCUUCCUAAAUGCCUGAAUGAGGACAUGGAAUUGCAAGUGAUGCCAGAAGAAGUGCUGAACACCAGGAUGAAUGCAGAAGGAAAAGUUGAGGUCUUGAUAAGAUGGAAGAACCUCCCAAGUAUUGAAGAUUCAUGGGAACUACUACAGAAGCUGAAAGAACAUUUCCCAGAUUUUCACCUUGAGGACAAGGUGAAUCUUAAGGGGGGGAGUAGUGAUAGAGACAUGGGAGAUACGCCUAUUAAAUAUUGUAAUAAGGUGUAUAAAAGAAGGAAUAAAAAGGGGUAGUGAGUUAGUUAAUUAGCCCGUUAACUAAUUAGUAUUCUAUCUUGAGGGAAUAUUGAUAUAAAUAGAAGGUGAGCAGCUAAAAUAAGGAGGUUGUUAUUUCUGUUGGCUUCGGCUUUGGAGAUUUGGGCUUCUCGAACAGUCCUGAGAUUGUAUUGUGUUCCUCUUGUUCAAUAAACUUUCUGAUCAGUUUCAUUAUCAUUUCUGUUAGAUCUACUCGUUUAUAUCAGUUGAAUUGCAGUCGCAAUCUAUCAUGGAACCUUUCCCACUCGCUCCACAAGUAAUCUAAUGCCUCCAUCUCCACCAUAUAAUGAGGGUAGUAGUGGAUUUUUCUCUCAAAAGCAUGAUGCACCAGUAGAUGGGACUAGCUACUUCAUAGGAGAGGUCAUGCAUGCCUAUCUAGCAGAGUCAGAUGCAGAGCUCACAUUGUCAAUGGGUGACUAUGUUGUUGUUCGCCAGGUGCGGAACAAUGGUUGGGCAGAAGGUGAAUGCAAAGGGAGAGCCGGUUGGUUUCCUGUUGGGUACGUGGAGAGACGAGAUCGCGUUCUAGCAAGCAAAAUGGCUGAAGUUUUUUAAGAUUUUUGUUUAUUAAGCCAAAUAUUCGUUCAGACAAAGUAUGCAUCCUGGAAGACUGCUAUCAUUAGGCUUUCAUAGCUGUGAGUGUUUCCCUUAAUAUUUUGUUUUUUUGUGUGUUCCCUUUAUAUUAUGUUUCCCUUUUAGCUAAUCAUUAGUGCACUUUUCUCUUUCCCCCCUUAUGCACUGUAGCUAAUCUCUUCAGCUAAUCUUUAUGGCUUGGUCCCAUUCUGGUCCUCAAAUAUAUUGAACCUUAAUUGGACCCGGUUGUAGUUGGUUUGGGCCGUUCGGCUCGAGUCAGGUCAGAAUGGGCGGCUCCUAUGUUCUAUGCGGUUCUUGCUAGUUAAACUUGUGACUUCAAAGCUGUUAAAAGAAAAGAAAGAAUCAGAAGUUCAGAACAGGCCAGUCCCUGCCUCGUGCCUUAUAUUUUAUGAACCAGAUUGAGAAAGUAACCAGUUUUUGGUUAAUCAGUCCUGGUUGAAACAGGAAGUUGGAGCCCGGUGUGUCAUGUAGACAUGUAGUCAUGCCUAAUUCGCUGCUAUUUCCAACAUCUUGUUAAUGUUUUUAUUUAAUUUAUUUUUCUUGGUUUGGUUUUCCUUUUUUUUAAACACAAGAAAACGCGUUUUAGCCUUUAGACUUCAAACUUCAAAACAGUGUUUGCUUUCACGGUUUCACCUUUUGAAAAGAAAACCAGAAUUUUGAAUAAUUGUUUUCCAAUUUCUAAAAUACACGCUCCCACUUUUGUACUUUUACAAACAUCAACUUUUCCCUUUAAUUUGGUCCAAAAGGUGGAAUCUCCCACCCAUGAGCCCCACCCCGACUCGAGAGGAUGGUGGGGGAUUUAAUCACGGUGACUCAGUCAGCAAAGCGGUGGUAGACCUUAUAAACGUGCGCAUCAGAGGUCCAGCCUUAUUUUAGGUUCUGUAACCUUCACACGGCCGUUGUGGGUUUCGAACCUUGGUCACUUGGUCUAAAUUUCCGACUAGUGGUGGACUCAGGCUGGGUGGCCCGACCCGGAAUUGGCCCGGGUGGCCUGACCCGGAACUGGCCUGGGUGGCCUGACUCGGAACUGGCCCGGGUGGCCUGACCCGGGACCGGUACUGUUUCGGCCCGGCCUGAACCGGUGGCCCGGUUAGUGACCGGUCUGGGUAGUGACCGGUCCGGGUAGGCCUGACCUGAGGGGUUUCUGGUUCGGGCUCGGGUCACCCAAAACAAGGCCCGGCCUGGUUCGGGCCAAAUUGAUUUUUUUUUUUGUUUUUUUUCAUUUGUUUGGGCUCGGUUUGGGUUAGGUUUGAUGUUUAGGAGGG